CCGCUGCUCGCAGUGACCUCGUUGAGUCUGCCAGAUAUCCAGAAGAUCCUUGGUCUCACCCUGGUUGUGGAUGAUGAGUUGGACUUUGUUCCGCCUAUCCCCGUCCCGCAAGAUCUCAAACUCUGGUUGGAAAAGUCGGACCGCGCUCAUGGCGCCAGCCGCGCAAACGAAGCUAGUAUCCGCUGCAAGCUCAACCUCCUCCUUGUCUGCGCUCACGAUCUGGUAUCGUCGUCUUUACACAACUCCGCGAGUCCCUUGAACAUUCAGAUGGAACGUACCUGGGCGUAUAGCCCUGUGAAAUGGAAGGGGAAGACAUGGAUGCUGUCGGGGCGUCCCGACUAUGGCAUUUGGUAUGGAGAGGAGGAAGACAUCGACUUGAACGUUGUGAUCAUGGAGGCCAAGAGACCGAACAGUGGUACCGAAGGGAUUCCGCCGGCGCUGGCAUAUAUGGACACCACCGUCUACGGCAUCUCCACUGAUGCUAUGAAUUUCACGUUCAUGAAGCUCGACAAUGAGUCUCGGUGGUCGGUCAAACCAGUCUGUGUUGUUGGAAAUGGGUUCGAACAAGUGCUUGGUCUGCUAGUCUACCUGGUGAAGAAAGCGGCCUCGAUGUCACCCGCCGCCUCCCAACGCACGUCUCGCCGGACAGAACAAGGAUCAGGGGAGUCU